UGGAGGGGGAUCAAGCUGUGGAGGUAGCCCAGGGCAGGGCACCAACAGCCAAAUAAUAAUUGUACAGCAACACGUAACAAGGGGCUCCUUCUGCCUCAACUAUACAAAUUUCUCUUGGUGUCUGCUUGCUGUUCCCAUGGAGAUGUAUUUCAAAAACUGCCCGUUUCUCACUGCCAAAUCCCAGUGCUGUUCUCUGUGGAACCUGUGCUCUGCCUUCCUCUGGCUCAAAACUAACUGGGUGCACAAAAUAUUUAUUAACAAUGAAUGGCACGAGUCUACAAGUGGAAAGAAGUUCCCCACCUACAACCCUUCAACGCUGCAAAAAAUUUGUGACAUUGAGGAAGGAGAUAAGCCUGAUGUGGAUAAUGCAGUGGAGGCAGCGAAGGCAGCGUUCCAGAGGGGCUCUCCGUGGAGACAGAUGGAUGCCCCAAGCAGAGGACGACUCCUGCACAAGCUGGCUGAUCUCCUGGAGCGGGACAGAGUCAUCCUGGCAACUCUGGAAACAAUGGACACAGGAAAACCUUUUCUGCAGGCUUAUUUCAUUGACCUGGAGGGCUGCAUAAAAACACUGCGGUACUAUGCUGGAUGGGCUGAUAAAAUUCAGGGCAGAACUAUUCCAGUGGAUGAAAAUUUUGUCUGCUUCACCCGGCACGAGCCGAUGGGUGUCUGUGGAGCCAUAACUCCAUGGAACUUCCCCCUGCUGAUGCUGGUUUGGAAGAUGGCACCAGCUCUGUGCUGUGGAAACACUCUGGUGGUUAAGCCAGCUGAGCAAACUCCGCUCACGUCGCUCUACAUUGGCUCUCUGAUCAAGGAGGUGGGUUUCCCUCCUGGGGUGGUGAACAUUGUACCAGGCUAUGGCCCCACAGCUGGAGCUGCAAUUUCUACCCAUGACAGCAUUGAUAAAAUUGCUUUUACUGGAUCAACCAAGGUUGGAAAACUGAUCAAAGAAGCUGCUUCUAAAAGCAACCUCAAAAGGGUGACAUUAGAGCUGGGAGGGAAAAACCCCUGCAUUGUGUGUGCAGAUGCAGACUUGGACUUGGCAGUGGAAUGUGCCCACCAAGGCGUGUUCUUCAACCAGGGGCAGUGCUGCACAGCUGCCUCCCGCGUCUUCGUGGAGGAGCAGAUCUACCCCGAGUUCGUCAAGCGCAGCGUGGAGUUUGCCAAGAAGAGACUGGUUGGAGACCCCUUUGAUGCCAGAACUGAACAAGGGCCCCAGAUUGACCAAAGACAAUUUGAUAAAAUCCUGGAGCUGAUAGAAAGUGGGAAGAAAGAAGGGGCUAAGCUGGAGUGUGGAGGUCUUGCCAUUGAAGACAGAGGCCUGUUUAUAAAACCUACAGUGUUUUCAGAGGUCACUGACAACAUGAGAAUUGCCAAAGAAGAGAUUUUUGGGCCAGUUCAGCCAAUUAUGAAGUUCAAGAGUAUAGAAGAGGUGAUAAGAAGAGCCAACAGCACCGAGUAUGGACUCACGGCUGCGGUGUUCACCAAGAACCUGGACAGAGCCUUAACCCUGGCUUCAGCUCUGCAGUCAGGAACAGUCUGGAUCAACUGUUACAAUGCUCUCUAUGCUCAGGCUCCUUUUGGUGGCUUUAAAAUGUCAGGCAAUGGCAGAGAACUUGGGGAGUAUGCUUUGGCAGAAUACACCGAAGUGAAAACAGUCACCAUUAAACUCUCCCAGAAGAGUCCAUGA